CAAGUUUCUACCUCUAGAUCUGAGGUCCUGUUGCUGAGAAGCCAGUGACAUCUGGAAGAAGCCCUCCACUGGGGAAGAGCCUCCCUGGAGGACUCCUAGCAGACUCCACUUAUAUGUUACUGUCUAGGAAUGGGCCACAUACCUGCAAGACCAGAUGCAAGGAGAGCUGAAGGAAAUGGAAGACAAGGACAUGACACCCCAGAUCAUCCAUAACAUACUUUCCACAUCUCAUUCUCUGUUUUCAAGAAGUAUGCAAGAGCUUAGUGAAGAGGCCACUACCACUUAUGACUAUGAUUACAGUGAGCCUUGUCAUAAGCCCAGCGUGCAACAACUCGCAGCCCAGCUGCUGCCCCCUCUCUAUUCAUUGGUGUUCAUCUCUGGUUUUGUGGGCAACAUGCUCGUCAUCCUCAUUCUGAUAAGCUGUAAAAAGCUGAAGAGCAUGACUGACAUUUACCUGUUCAACCUGGCCAUUUCAGACCUGCUAUUCCUGCUCACACUCCCCUUCUGGGCUCACUAUGCUGCAAAUGAAUGGGUCUUUGGAAACAUAAUGUGUAUGUUAUUGACAGGGCUCUAUCACAUUGGUUAUUUUGGUGGAAUCUUCUUCAUCAUCCUUCUGACCAUUGAUAGGUACUUGGCUAUUGUCCAUGCUGUAUUUGCUCUAAAAGCCAGAACAGUCACCUUUGGGGUAAUUACAAGUGGAGUCACCUGGGUGGUGGCUAUGUUUGCCUCUCUUCCAGGAGUAAUCUUCACUAAAUCCCAAGAAGAAAAUUCUAGUAGAAUCUGUAGUCCUUAUUUCCCAUUAAUAUGGAAAAUUUUCCAUACAAUAAUGAGAAACAUCUUGGGCUUGGUCCUGCCCCUGCUUGUCAUGGUCAUCUGCUACUCAGGAAUCCUGCACACUCUGCUUCGCUGUCGGAAUGAGAAGAGGCACAGGGCUGUGAGGCUCAUCUUUGCCAUCAUGAUUGUCUACUUUCUUUUCUGGACUCCCUACAACAUUGUUCUCCUCCUGACCACCUUCCAGGAGUUCUUUGGCCUGAGUAACUGUGAGAGCACCAGUCACCUGGACCAGGCCAUGCAGGUGACAGAGACUCUUGGGAUGACACACUGCUGCAUCAACCCCAUUAUCUAUGCCUUUGUUGGAGAGAAGUUUCGAAGGUAUCUGUCAGUGUUCUUCCGAAAGCAUAUCACCAAACAUCUCUGCAAACAGUGUCCAGUUUUCUAUAGGGAGACAGCAGAUCGAGUGAGUUCAACAUACACCCCUUCUACUGGGGACCAGGAAGUGUCAGUUGGUUUGUAAAAUGAGUGGCAGUUUGCUUGUUAUUCUUUAAAUGAAAGAACAGUUUGUAUAGAAUAACAAGCUUCAAGGUGUCCAGAACCUCAGGACUGUGCCAAGACAGAUUUUGUCACUCAUUUUAUAUUUAAUUCAUGCUCAGUGACUAUUCCAAAAUAACUGUAGGUGGAAACUUUGGUAUUUCUAUAAACUCAUUUCAGUCUUUAGGAAAAUUAUUAUUGCCUUAUGGUAAUACACUUUAUCCAAUAUUCACCAUGUCUUUAUCCAUUUCUGACAAGACAAGCAUGGAAUGAGGACCCGAGGGGUCAGGGAUGAGUAAGUAGAAGGGGAGAGAGGACCAUGGAUAAGCUUAUAUGACUAUGAUGAUGAAGAUGAAGAUGAAGGGGACUUGUUCAUUUGCCCAGGAAAUGUUCCUGACUCUUGGCCUCAUCUCCUACCUGUGUUUAAUUUUGAAGACUUUAGGUCAAGGAAAGCUUGAGAAUUGUAAUUUUUUGGAACUUUACCUGAGUCCUUUUGUGCAUGAAUGUAUUACACAUUUUUGUUUUAUUAUGGUUAUUUAUGACAAUAUUGAAAGUCUGUUCAAUAUCAUGCCCUAUAAUUCACUUGCUUCUCAGACCACAGGCCCACAUGAAGUAUAGAAAUUGUUUAUAAAAUAUACAACAUUUGUCAUUAGCUAAAAACAAUAAUGAAGGACCUUAUUUGAUCUUUCUAGGGAGAAGGGAAGGUUGGAGGUAAUGAUCAAGAAUGAAGAGAACAGCAGCAGAAGGCAGGGAUCAUGUGGGAACAUAGCAGGCAUGUGUCCAGAGCAGACAAAAUCACAGGAGGAGUCUUCAGAAUUUAGGAAGGGUUUCUGUCUAGCAUCACAUGGCUUUGUUUUCUUGCUACUAUUCCCUAUCUCCCAUUGUUGUGCUCCUGACUCUUUACCCACAGUCUUUAUCACAUAACUCUUGGCUGUAGGUCUGACAUACUUCAAAAAUAAGUUCGUAGACAUCCAAAAGUGUGAGUCUAGGGAAAAUGUAAAGGGAGCAGCAAAAUUCAAACACCUAGGUUGUACUGGGAGAGGGAAAACAAGCAAUUGGAAUGUGGGUAUGUUCUUCUGGCAGAAAAGAGAAGGACAUAAUAGGGACAAAGGCUCCAGCUUUGGAAAUCAUGUCCCCAACAUGCAAAUCUGUCUAAAUUGCCAGGUUGGAAAAGCCUCGAUGAGAAAGACUCUACAUUGGUUGGGAAGAAGAGUUUUAUUGACUGCUUUCUGGAGCCUGAUUUUAGAUUUAGAUACUGUCUGCAUUAAAAAAAUUUUUUUAAUAGAAAAAACAAAAUGCAGAAAACUUUAACUAACAAAUGUGAUGAAG